AAUAUGUCACAGUUAAAAUUAGGCAACAACGCCCCAACUGUUAUCCGGAAACUUCCCAAGUUCUACGCUAUUUCUCUAGGAGACCAAUUCAGCAUCCUUCAAUUUCAAGUUUCUCUCUUUUUCUCUGCAAAUUUCAAUCUCUUUGAUUGCUGAACCUCAUCUCUUUUGAAUUUACUUCUUGGAAAUCCAAUCCCUGGAUUUCCAAGAAGUUUCAAAUACAGCAAUUUGGCAAUUCUAUUCAGCUAAAAAUGCAGAGCCAACUUGUGUGCAGCGGUUGUAGAACAAUUUUGAUGUACCCAAGAGGAGCACCUAAUGUUCGUUGUGCACUAUGUAAUACAGUUACCCCUGCUCAAUCAACGGGAUCGGAAAUGGACCAAAUUAUUUGUGGUUGUUGUCAUACCUUACUCAUGUACUCUCGGGGAGCAACAAGUGUAAGGUGUUUGUGCUGCCAAACUGUAAAUCUGACGAAUGCUACUCCAGUAUCAAGCCAAUACUCCACAGUACGUUGUGGAAACUGCCAGAUGACACUUAUGUACCCUUUUGGAGCACCGUCCGUCAAAUGUGCUGUUUGUCACUAUAUCACUAAUGUCGGAACUACAAAUGGAAGCGUAUCAAGUUCUCUUCAUAGACAAAAUGGCGUAUUGAGUUCAUCCUCACCUACCGCAUGUGUCCCGGUUUCUCAAACUCAAACCGUGGUUGUGGAGAAUCCCAUGUCGUUCGACGGGAGUGGCAAACUGGUCAGUAACGUGGUCGUUGGUGUAACUACAGACAAGAAAUAAUUGGAAGCAGAAUUGGUCCUGUGGCUCUUCUUAAUUUGGUGGACAAAGCAAAACUUGAUUUGUAUUGAUAGUUUGCAUUAUUCACUUGAGCUUCUUGUGUGCCUUUGUAUUUGUUAUUGACCUUCGGUCGAUCGAGUCAUUUUCGAGUUAGUUGCUUUGUUUUUAUGGGUCAAGUUAUAUCUUCUAUUUUAUUUUUUAUUGGUAUAAAAAAUUUAAUAUUUUAUAAUCGUGGGUUCUUAAUUGAAAAUAUUAAUCCAAAUUUUUAAAAAGUGUUGGAAAAAAAAUUAGGUUUUGAUUCGAAAAUAUUAUUGUGCAACUAAAAAAUUUAGUAAAUUUCAAAAAUGGGAUUGAGUCGAUUGAGUCUUGGGUGGGUCUUAUUAUGUUAUAGUUGUUUUCAAGCGAUCUGAUGUAAUUAUUAUUGGUUUCUUUUUUGAUGGUUUACUUAUAUUCCAAAUGAUGUGGUAGUUUCAAUUUUCCAAUAGUGAAAAUUAUUGGGAUGUAUUUAUCAUAGUUUUACUUUUAAUAAGCGAGAUAUAUUAAAUAAAUUGGAGAUAUAUUAGGUAUGAUAAUGAUAACAUGAAAAUUUUAUUUGAA